AUGAACUUUGUAUUAGUAAAAAAACGUCCAAAAUCAACAGAAAUAACUCAUUUAUCAAAUGUUAAUAGAAAUUCAUCUGUUUAUCAUAAAGAUUUAAUAUGUAGGGUUUGUGAAGCACCAGCAACUGGUUUUAAUUUUGCUGUGAUAACAUGUAUGUGCUGUAAAGCAUUUUUUCGUCGUAAUGCAUUAUUUGGUAUACAAUCGUUACAAUGUCGAUAUUUAUCCGAAAAUUGUAUUAUUACUAUGAAAACACGUCGUGAUUGUUCAUAUUGUCGUUUAAAAAAAUGUUUUCAAGUUGGAAUGAAAAAAGAAUUAAUAUUAACCGAAGAAUUAAAACGUUUAAAACGUGAAAAAAUUCUUGAAAAUCGUCAAAUAACAUUAAAUAUAAGUCAUUCAAUUGAUACAUAUGAUAUGAAAGAAAAUUUUCUAUUAAAAACUAUUGAUUUUGAUUGUAUAACAAAUAUUUGUAAUGCAUAUGAAGAAUGUUGUCGUUUACCCUUAAUAUCAUUUGAAAAACAUGAAUAUGAAUUACUUCGGCAACAACCAAUUAAAUCAAGAAUUAAAUUACAACAUUAUUUUCGAUAUUAUAAAGAACAUGAAACCUUAUUAAUCAAUUUUUUUCAAAAUUUACCUGAAUUUAAUCAAUUUUCAAAUGAUCAACAACUAGCAUUAAGUAAACAUAAUAUACGAUUUUUAAUUCGAAUUAGUUUAAUUGAAACCAUAAAUGAUCAAUUACCAUUAUGGCCUGCAAUUAAUUUAUUACUCGAAAUAAUAUUUGGAAAAUCAUUAGUUGAAGAAGCAAAUAGUUUAUUACAUAAAUUUAAAGAUAAAAUAAAUGAUUCAACAUGUAUUCGAUUAUUGUUAAUAAUUUUACUUUUUUCAACUUAUGAUACAUAUAAUGGUCAUACGGAUACAUUAUGUAUAUAUAAAACUCAAGAAAAAUAUACUAAUUUAUUAUGGUUUUAUUUAAUAAAACAUUAUGGAGAAUUAACAGCAUACAAAAAAAUUUCAAUAGUGACAUAUUAUUGUUUACAUUUAUUAACAUUAAGUCAUUUAGCUGAGUUAAAAAAGCAAGAAAUCCAGUGGCAAACAUUUUUUCUUUCAUUAGAAUGA